CUAAAUGAGAGAUGAAGUUAGUACUCAGGUUCAUGCAUGCGAGGGACAUUCACGAUGACUAACGCCCCACUGAGGAGGUCUGUUCACGCCCUCAUCUGUGUAAAUUUGAUACGUAUAGUUUUCUCGGCUUUUCUCACCGAUCAGAGGAGAGAUCAGGAGCACCAACUAGACAUGGCCAGGCUGGAUGCCACAGAGAUGUUCCACGGUAUUUUGUAUCCAGGACACUUGCACACACAGGAUUCUUUACAACUCGCUGUAAAAUUUCAGUUUCAAGACACGGAUGUGCUCAUUGUGUCCUUUCCAAAGUCAGGCACCACGUGGAUGCAGGAAAUAGUUGGUCUUAUUUCAAGCCGAGGCGACCCCCACUUGUCCCAGACGGUUCCAAACUGGACCCGAGCUCCCUGGUUGGAGCACAUUUAUUUAGCAGAAAUGUUAAAUGCCUCACCCUCCACGCCUCGAGUCCUCACCACGCACCUGCCUUCUCACCUGCUGGGCCCCGCCCUCCAGGGCUCCAAGACCAAGGUCAUCUAUGUCAGCAGAAACCCCAAAGACGUGGUGGUCUCCUUUUACCACUUCCACCAAUUCACCAAUUUCCUUCCUGAGCCUGGUUCAUUCUCUGAGUUUUUAAAUCAGUUCCUGGAAGGCGAACAGCACUAUGGCUCCUGGUUUGAGCACAUUAAUGGCUGGAUGGGUCAGGAAGCAGCUCUGAAUCUGCUCCACGUCACCUUUGAGGAGAUGUCGAUGGACCUGCCUGGAACCGUGGACAGGGUGAGUUCUUUCCUGCAGCGUCCUCUGCUGGAGGAUGAGCGCAACAGCUGUGUGCAACACUGCAGCUUCAGCAGCAUGAAGGACAACAAGAUGUGCAACUACAGCCUGGUUCCUGAUGAGAUAGUGAAUCACAGCAAAGGCUCCUUCAUGAGGAAAGGUAAAAUUGGAGACUGGAGAAACAUGUUCACAAAGCAGCAGAAUCAGUAUUUUGACAGCGUGUUUAACUCCAAGAUGAAGGACUGCAGUUUGGAGUUUGUGUGGGAAGAGGAGGAGAGACAAGAGCCACAAUAA